AUGACGCAGACCGACGCACCCAUCGAAACACCGCCACGCGCACCUACGCCAAAACACCAAUUCGGGACUUUGGCUGUCCAUGCUGGCUCUCCCCACGACCCAGUGACAGGUGCAGUUAUUGAGGCAAUCUCACUUUCCACGACCUUUGCGCAGACCACCGUCGGACAGCCAGUAGGCGCGUACGAAUACACACGAAGCUCUAACCCCAACCGUGACAAUUUCGAAACCAGCAUCGCUGCCCUCGAACACGCUCGCUAUGCCCUCGCCUUUUCAUCUGGCAGUGCGACCACUGCUAAUAUUCUCCAAUCACUCGCAGCCGGCUCCCAUGUCAUCUCCGUCUCAGACGUCUACGGCGGCACGCACCGCUACUUCACAAAAGUCGCCGCGGCGCAUGGCGUUACUGUAACCUUCACUCCCUCCCUCAAUCUCCAUACCUCUCUCACAGAGCUCAUUCGACCCACCACAACCCUCGUCUGGAUCGAGUCGCCCUCCAACCCAACUCUGUCCCUCGUCGAUAUCCGCGCUGUCUCCUCCGAAGCACACAAACAUGGCAUCAACGUCGUCGUCGACAACACCUUCUGCUCUCCCUAUGUACAGACGCCCCUCGACCUUGGCGCCGACAUUGUCGUGCACUCUGUCACAAAAUACAUAAACGGCCACUCCGAUGUGCUUAUGGGCGUAGCCGCCCUCAACUCCCCCGUCCUGUACGAGCAACUCAGCUUUCUGCAGAACGCAAUCGGCGCCGUGCCCUCCGCCUUCGACUGCUGGCUCGCUCAUCGCGGCGUGAAGACCCUCCAUCUCCGUGCUCGUGCUGCGAGCGAGAAUGCGCUGCGCAUUGCCACACUGCUCAGUGAGAGCCCGCACGUAUUGGCUGUCAACUACCCCGGCCUGGCGUCGCACCCCCAGCGUUCCAUAGCAAUUAAACAACACCGCGAUGGUCUAGGCGGCGGCAUGCUGAGCUUCCGGAUUCGUGGCGGUAGCGAGGGCGCGGCGCGGUUCUGUGCGGCGACGCAAAUCUUUACAUUAGCAGAGAGUCUGGGAGGUGUGGAGAGUCUAGUGGAAGUGCCGGCCAGCAUGACGCACGGAGGCAUUCCCCGUGAGGCUCGGGAGGCAGCAGGUGUAUGGGAUGAUCUUGUACGAGUAAGCUGUGGGAUUGAAGAUGCUGUGGAUCUGGAGGCGGAUGUGAGGCAGGCCUUGGAGGUUGCGGUGAACGGUCAUAACGGCGUGAAAAAUGGUGCAUGAAUGGGCAGAUGGGCGGCACAUUGUUUGACAUUGCUGCAUGUGGAUUAUAGACGGCGUCUUGGGUCGUGAUGUGCUUGGUUAUUUAUGCGGCUACAUAUGUGCAUACAUGUCACACACUUUUCAAUUAUUACAAUAUUACUCUUCAAACACUUCGGACCUGCUCCAUCCGGGAUAUAUAGUUUAGAAGGACUGUACGUCGCUAGCCCUAUACGGAGAACCAGACACCGACUUACCUACCAAACCUCAUCUGCGCCUUCGCAUAACGGAAUAGCGCUCUGAUAAAGACUUGGUAAUUAACUCCCUCAUUAUCCGGAACGUGGCUACGCACUAUCAUUAGCAAAUACCCUGGGCCUCAAGAAGAAUGACUAUACUUACAAUAUCUCCGUCAACCGCAUCUGCCACGGCGGAUAACCCUUCAAAAUUACUCGUGGUCCAAACAAUACCA